UGUGUCAAAGUUUUGCCAAACUCGUCAGUGUUUACAAAUCGUUCGAAAGCCAUUUCUACUGAAUUGUUACUUUAAACUGAAAAAACGGAUUAAAAAACGUCCUUCUGGACGUUACGAUAUCAUCAAAAGCAAUGCCGCUCUGCCGCGCGUGUGGACAAAGCAUACCGGACGAGGAACAGUGUGAAACUCUGGAGAAGUACGUGGAAACAUACUUCAAUUUGACUACGAUUCAGCUUCGAGAAUAUGAAGAUCCAAGUCUCUCAAAGGUUUGCAAGCAGUGUGUGGCGAAGUUGGAAGAUUUUGACAACUUUCGGAAAAUCUGUCUCCAGGUGCACAGUCGAAUGCACAACAUAAAAAUUGAAGCUCCGGAAGAGGAUUUUUAUGAGGAAACAAUCACGGUUGAAGUUGAUUUGAAACCAGAAGUGGUGUAUGCGAAUCAGUCUGUGGAACCUAAUCUAUUUUCAUCUGAUAGUGAUCUCGCUGCUAUGAAACCGGAUGAAGAUUCUGGUGAUGAUGAUGAUACUGACAGAAGCGAUGAUGAGAAUUACGACGAUGACUCUGAGGAUGACGAUAGCAGUGAUGGGGAAAACGACGACGACGAUGAUGAUGAUUAUAAUGAUGACUCUGCUGAAAAGAAUGCUGAUGGAGAAGACAUUAAACCGAAAAAGUCGCGAGGGGCUAAGAAAUCAAAAAAGUCCGGCAAGCACAGAUUGUCCGAGCCUAAAAAACCUCGCGCCAAAUGGGGCAGCAUGAAGAAGAAAGAACCCAAGGAGCCAAGAACUGUCUUCCCCUGCGACAGGUGUCCUAGGAAAUUCUUUGUCUUAUUCAGAUUCAACGCUCACAAGCGAACACACGACGGACUCAAACCGUUCGAGUGCGAAACCUGCGGAAAGGCAUUUUCUACAUCGAAUAAUCUUAAACUACACAACAUACAGAAACACAGCAACAACAGAAUCUCCCUUCCCUGUGAUCAUCCAGGUUGUGAGCAGCGUUUCGCUACAAGGCUGGGGCUACAACGGCACAAGAGACGCAAUCACGAUCCAAACUACGUAAUGCCUCCUCCCAUACCGUUCAUUUGUGACGUCUGUGGGAAAAAAUUCACCACCAACGGAGGAUUGAAGAGACAUCGAUACACCCACACGCCGGGAGAGAUGCCGUUCGUCUGCGGGAUAUGUUCGAAACAGUUUCCCACCUCCAACAAGCUAAAGGAGCAUACCAUGCGUCACGAAGGCGUGAAAAAUCACACAUGUCCACAGUGCGGUCUUCGAAAGACAACCAUGCAUGAGCUGAAAACUCACAUCAGAAAUAUGCAUUCAGAGCCGCGUUCUUAUUCGUGCGAAAUUUGCGCCCGGCAAUUCAGUAAUACCGGUAGUUUAGGUCUGCACGUGAAAAUUGUACAUCUAGGGCUGAAGCCGUACGUUUGCACCAUCUGCCAGUGGGCAUUCGGAAGAAGUGAUCACCUCAAGCGGCACAUGAAAAGCCACAUGCGGGCGGGCUUGGUGAAGCCUCCAGAUGCCAGUGCAAGCGUUUGAAAUUAUAUAUUAUUGUGCUAAGGAGUAUUAAAAAGAAAAGUCACUAAUUGUAAGGUGUAAUUCGCGUACUAAUG